AGCAAAAUCUAGAAAAAAGUAAAAGUGAAAAUCUGGCCCUUGAAAUUUGUUCAUUAAUUAUGCAUUGAUAAAAUACAGAGAAACGGAUAAUUUUGUGUGCGCCCCAAAGGACAGGCUGCGUGCAGAGAUUUCAAAGAAAGUGCUUGCAUUGGUAGGAAAAAGCGAAGGACAUUUUUCAAGUAUCUUUUAUUGUGGUCCGAAUCGGAUGUGCUGUAAUCCAUUAUUGCGAGAUAUACGACAGACACAUACACAUACAUCUCCGUGUAUACAUACAAUCGGCCGAGCCGCCCGCGCUUUGCCCUUGGCUGCAUUCGAUUUUUCACAACAGGCCGUGAAAAGCGACCAAAGAGCUCGCCACUGAAGAGCCGUCACCGCCAUCAUCAUCAUCAGUGGGAAAAGCAAAGGCGGCAAGCAUGGACAUGCUCAACCAGAUACUCAGCAUUAAUAAUGGCGGCGCCUAUGGGUGCGGCAAGGCUGGCCGAGCCUUCGAUCCACUCACGUUCGCCAUGAAGCCCCAAGUUGUCAUAAGGGCGCUCUGCUGGCUCUUCUCAGUUGUGGUCUUUGGCUGCAUUUCCUCCGAAGGCUGGACGGAGAAGGAGGGCAAGGAGUACUGUCUCUACAAUGGCGAUGGCAUGGCCUGCAAGUAUGGCAACAUGGUAGGCGUAUUUGGUUUUUUGGCCUCCAUAGGCUUUAUGGGCGGCGAGUUUCUCUUCGAGCGGAUGUCGUCGGUAAAGAGUAGAAAGCGCUACGUGAUGGCCGACUUGGGCUUCUCCGGCUUGUGGGCUUUCAUGUACUUCGUGGCGUUCUUGUACUUGUGGUCCCAGUGGAGCUCGUCGCCGCCACCUCCUCUCGGCAUUGGAGCCGGCAGCAUGCAGACGGCCAUUUGGUUCUGCCUCUUCUCGAUUGCCACUUGGGCCUUGUGCGCUCUGAUGGCCUACAAACGAUUCCUGAUUGGAGCCGGCGAUGAAUUCACCUCGGCUUUCGAGACAGACCCCGCCAACGUCGUGCACCAGCAGGCCUACGGAUAUGCCAUGGACAAUGACAACGAUCAAUACAGCGCCUCGCCCGUCGGCCAGGGGCAGCAGGGCGGCAUGGAGCCACAGCAACAGUCUGGCAUGGAGUACCAGCAGCCCACCUAUUAAGUCAUUUCCACACCUGCUCCUGCUCCUACUCCCACUCCUACUCCGUUGUCCACACACUUGAGAGUACUUGGGUUUUUUUUGUAGCGCGAAUGGCAAAUGUUUUACACGACUACUAGCAAACACAAAGCGUUGGCUUUUACCAAAUACACCGAUGACGAACAUAUAAAACCAGUAACAGAAACAAUAACGAUACCAAGUAAUACAAAUUACAACAACAGCAGCAGCAACAGCAGCAUUUGCUUUAGCCACAAGAAACUACAAGCAUACAUACAUAUGUAUAUCUGAAUAAUACGAAAAACUUGAGAUUGAGAUGAUAACUUAUAAGCUAGCCGCCUAAGUUGAGUGUGCAGUUUUUUGUAGUGGAAAUUUGUUGCUGUAUACAGAUAUACAAAUAGCUAUUGCCGUAUAUAUCCUAGGGGAAUCCUCGGAUAUGCUUUCAACGUUGUUAGUUAUUUAGUGUUUACAUGUACUUGUACUCGAAUACGGUAUUUAUUACGACUUUCAGUUGUGCCAGGCCCUGGUCCCCCACAGCCACAGCCCCAUAUCCUCAGCUAGAGGGAAGGCAUGAGGUAUUUUAGAUACAUUUACACACACACACACACACACACACAUACAUACAAAUCGGAUCAACAGCAGAGAUAGACAGCAUCAGAGAGGCAAUAUACUUACGAGAAGAAGAGGGAAGAGAACUGCUCAAAUCACAUAUCCAAUAGCCAUCGCGGGUAUGUAUCUACUCGAUUUGUAGUCUUAGGGCCAGGGCACGGCCAUCGCUUGGUUAGAAAUGCAAUAACUAUAAUAUAAGCGCCAAAACAAAUGUAAAUUCUAAAAUAAAAAAUGGAGAACCGUUAUUUAGAAAGCUGUACCGGAAACAUAGCUUGAGACAACUGCAGGAAUAAAGCAAAGAAUUGUUAGAGCGACUCGCUUUCAUCCAGGCUUGUGCCCUAACAAACGAUUUGUAUAGUAAACCUUAAUACAUAUAAUAUUGGAUAACUAGCUAUGACAAUUAGUAAACGAAUGACAGUACCAAGUUAUAUUUUUCUUUAAAGAUUAUUUAUGUAUUUCUUGAUUACUUUUUUACUGCAACACCGGUACCACGUACAUUCGAUUCGAGAUCAGAAAAGAAAGAGGAAGUGGGCACUUCAAGUGUGACCAGACUAACUUUACAUAAUAAUACUUAAUAUAUCGAUAGUAUUAUUUAAUGUUAUUAUUUGAAUGUGGGAAUAGGCGUAUUCCAACACGCCCCCCUCAAAAAUAACAUUAAUCAUCAAAAUCAUAAAAAUAAAAAAAUAAAUGUUUUCAUCAUUAAAUCAAAAAGGUAAUGUGUAAUCAGAUCACUUUAAAAUUAGAUUACCAUAAAAUUAAAUUACUUUAACAAUUCAUUGGUUCUUUUGGUUCAAAUCAAAAAAAAAAAAAUAUGAAUUAAUGUAAUAAAAUCGUUAAUAAAGCUUCAUGUUCAUGUUUUCAUUAAAUUGGAAUCAUUCUUCUUGUAGUAGUCCUAAUUUGUUCCGCAGUUCCGCAAAUCUUCCAGCAGGUAGUGGCUUCGUGAAGAUGUCAGCAAGUUGGUUGUCUGUAUUAAUAUACUCAAGAAAAAUCUCAUUAGUUUCUAUCUGUUCUCUUGAAAAAUGAUAUUUUAUAUCAAUAUGCUUUGCUCUUUUAUGACAUGAGGGAUUAUUUGCAGUGUCGAGUUUAAGAUUAAUACUAUUUAGAAGAGACUUUAGCCAUAAAGCUUCUCUUACAGCUUCAAAUAGGGCCAUAUAUUCAGCUUUAGUUGAUGAAGCUGCCACUGAAUUCUGUCUUUUUGUAUUCCAACAAAUUAAAUUGGAAUCGAAC